AUGAUGGAGCAGGUCGUUUGCUUGGACACAACCGCACUGGUGGCGGUGCCGGUGUUCCCCAACUCCGUGCGGUGGUCCGAAGAGAAUCUGCUGGCAGCUGCGGCGGGGCAUCUGGUGACCAUUUUGGAUCCGUCGUCAUUGUCUGGCCCCCGGGGUUACAUCACCCUUCCGCAGGGCCCAAAGCAGGACAUUGGGGAGAUCUCGGAUGAAGACUCGACGAAACCGUCCGUGUUCCCCCUCAAACUGCGCAAGGAGACGCAGACGCACAUCCGUAGCAUAGACUGGUCGCCCCAGGGCUUUGCACCUGACGCUGGGUGUCUCCUUGCUGUGUGCACUUCAGCCCAUGACGUCAGGAUCUUCCGCAGGCCAAUAUCUGAGCUAACGUCCGAAUGGAUAGAGGUAGCAAACAUCUCCGCUCUUUACCAUGGGCACUGCACGGCCACAGGCUUUGCGGAUGCGGCUAAAAAAGCCCUCCAGUAUGCUAAGGAGGACACCGUGUCCGUCCCUGAAGCCACGUGGCAAUUCCGCAGGGGCUGGCAGACCAAGCCGAUGAAUCAGCACAGGAAGCCCAAACCCAAAAUUGAGCGCGCCCCGAAAGUGAAAAAGGAAAAAGCUGCGCCAAAAGCAAAGCAGCUGCCUAUCACGAAAGGUGCGGUCGUUGACAAGACAAAGGGGGAAAACGCAGCGCUUGCGAGUGAGGAAAGUGAGGGUGCAAAUCUGACAGUGGAGAAGACGGCUGGCGAGGCUGAUGCUCGGAAUCAGGGGGCCGGAGAAGGAUCUGGCGGAGCACCUUCAACGACGGGUGUGGUGAAGGGAGACGAACUCCAGCAGGCAAACAUGGAGACGGAGGUUGUGGGAAAAGGAGAGGAGCCACGGAUUGCAGGGACGACGGCUGACGAGCCUGAGUCUCUCCUCAAGGGCGGGGCCACGCCGCCGAGAAAUGUCCUAGGAUUGGAGGCGAUGGGGGAGCUGCAUCGAGACGGCGAUGGGAGUAGCGCGAGGGAAGAGGUAGGAAGGAGAGAGGGCCUGAUACUGGACGAAGCGCAUGCAUCGGACGGUCCCAUCGAUGCGUUGGAGGGGCAGAAAACGGAGAAGCUGAGGUCGCAGGGAGGGACAGGGGCGCCGGGGUCGGGCGAUCGUGAGACGGAGGAUCUGCUUUUCGGGGAGAAGUUUCUGGACGGGGUCAGGUUGACGGACAUGUUGAUGGGGGCGGAGACAGGCAAAACGGGGGGGCUGGGGGAACUAGAAGGGGGUGCAAAGGGUCGCGAGGCCGAUGGGCCUGGGGAGUCGAUGGAAAAGCCGUCAGCCAGCGCAAAGGAGGAGGCGAAUGCGCUGAAGAAGGCGGGAAAAGCAAGGCGCGCAGAGCAAAGUGGGAACGAGCGCGCCGCCGGACUGGUGGAGUCGAAUGAUGAGCCUGACAAGACUCGCGGGAGGAGGGGCAGGAAGCGCACGAGGGAAAUGGAAUCCACAGGCGAUGCCAGUCCCCGGGCGACGAGACGAAGGUCGACAAGGCAGAAGGUGGAAGGGGUGAAAGAGCGGAGCCAAGGGGAGAACAGCGGUGAUGAGUCACGGGGGGUGGACGCUACAGUGGUCGCCGCAGUUGACAAGAGGGGGGGAAGAAAGAAGCAGGGAGGGCGUCCCACUGAGCAAGAAGGAGCGGCGGACUCAGAAAGGGCUCAGGGGUCUGCGGUUUGGGGUAAACCCGAGGGGGCGCCAACUGUGGAACGAGAGCCGGUGUUAGGAGAGGCUGGCAGUUCGGAGAAAGGUGGCAGGUCGGAGAAAGGGGGGGUAACCAAAGAAGCGGAUCGGGGAGGGGAUAAGGAUGCUGUGGAAGCAGGGGGCGGCGGAGCGCCCCUUCGAGAACCGCUGGAUGCAGGGACCGCAGAAGAUCGGGGAAGAAGCGGUACGAGCGCAGACACGGCACUUGAAACCCUUUCGAAAACGGGUCAGGACGCCGGUGGUCCGGGGGGAUCCCCCGACCAGCUGCCCGACGUGGCGAACACCUCAUCUGAGCCUUCUCCCCCUACCUGGCAACUGGGAUCAGUAUCGGGCCCCGUUUUAUCAACGGACGCGGUGGGAGUUGGCACCCGAGUGGAGGUUUUGCAAACCGAGGAAGGGUUAGCGGGGGCGUGGUUUGCGGGGAUGGUGGUGAGCCUGGGCGCACGCAAGAAAGCGCAAGUCGAGUACGAUGAGCUGCUGGAGAAUGAGGAGACCGGGGAGAAGCUCCGGGAAUGGAUUCCGCUGCAGCCGGUAGCUACGGUCGGAGUCGGGGGGCUGGCAGCGAAGGCUGCUGGGAAGCGGAAGGGAGGCAAGCGGGUGAAGGUCACCCAACGCCGAAAGAAGAAGGACGACACCGCAGAGACAGCCCCAGCGGAGCAGACUGGCACAUCUAAAUCGCAAACUCGACCGAGGAUCCGGCCAGAGACCUCACGGGUUGAUAAGGCCGGUCAGGCUUACGCCGCAGGCGAUUACGUGGAGGUCUUUAUCGAUGACGCGUGGUGGGAGGGGUUAGUGGUUGGUUGCAAGCCCGGGGGGCCGGCGAGCGUGUAUUUUCCGGGUGACGGAAACGUGCAGAUUUUCGAGCUGGGGAGGCUGCGGUUAGCGUGGGGGUUUAGGGGUUUGGGGCGCGGCUGGGCGCCCCUCGCGUCGACGGUUUCGGAGGAGGCCACCAAACCCGCGGCCCGAAGGAGGGUUACGAAGAAGGUUAAGGAGGAACUUCUGGAGGACGCCCCCGCAGAGCCCAGGAAGAAAGGGGUUAAGGUCGGCGGAAAGAAGGUUAGGCAGCGGAAGAAAGCUGCCGCCGCCGAGCCGCUCACGACCGGGGGACUGAAGCUUCCGAAAGUGGAGAACGAAGAGGAGUACGGGUUUGCGGCGUUGGGGCGGGAGGAGAAGGCAGCGCUGGUGCGCGAACACGAGAGACUGGCCGGAGUACUGUGCGAGAGGUUUAGGGUUUUGCGAGAGGGGGCGCCGGCGGAGGCGCUGCCGGAGUAUCAGGAGGGGGAGCACCUCAAGGGCAGGGACAAGGAGAUCUUGGAGCAGGCGCUCGCUGAGAUGGUGGCGCAGGAGGGCGACCAGCUUAACGCCGCCAGGCUGACCGUGAAGGAGCUGGUGAAGCUUGGUCGCCAGCACAUCCGCCGUAAAGUGGUCAUCACCAGGAAGCCGAAGCCUGAGGUGAAGCAAGAACCGAUGGUUAACGAAGGGACCGCGCUAGGACCAAGAAAGAGGAAGCGGAUCAACUAUGCAACGCUUGGGGGCGACGACGAUCUGGAAGACGAGCCGAAGGCGGAGUCCUCAAGGAAAGGGAAACGAAAGAAGCUAGCGCCAGUUGACGAGGACGAGGAGUUCCAAGCACGGUCCAAGCCCGAAUCGGACAGCGACUCUGACAUCAUCCUUGCGACAAAGACAGCGCAGAAGAAGGGGGGCAAGCGAAGGUCAGAGGCUGCUAUCGCGAGGAACCGCGAGCAAUCGAGGCAAAGGUACCAGAAGAAGCGCGAGGGAAGUAAAGGGGAAUCGAAGCGUCUCGCCAAAGCCAAGACCGAGCACGCCCCUGGAAGCGAAGUAAUCCCGGCAGCAACAUUCGCCGCACGGAGCGACCUCUUGGCGGCACUGACAGUGGCAUGGUCGCCCAAGUGUCAUGGCGGGAGAACGCCAGGUGGCGCGUUUACAGUCCUUGCCGUUGGGUCUAUGUCGGGACACGUGGCGCUCUGGAAAGUGGCCCAGCCGCUGGAGUAUGGCGCGAGCAACGCGGCUGCGCCAAGUGUCGCAUCUCUGGGCACUUUGCUGCCGCACGACUCGUGGGUCUCAGCGCUUGGGUGGGCGUACCGGCAAGGCCCUGUUGGGAUGGGCGAAGGCGCUCUGGAAAGUGAGGAAAGUGAGCAGGGGUUGGAUUCACAGGGCCUUCUGAUACUUGGCACCGGCAGCUCGGAUGGCAGCGUGCGGCUGUGGUCCGUAGCGAUGUACGAGUCAGCCAGCGGGGGCGCGCCACCUGUCAUCCAGCCGGCAGGCCAGGUGUGCGCGCCCAGCGGGGAGGUCGUCAGCAGCCUCAGCCUGCGCGUCGAUGCUGACGUCAUCAGAGUGGCGGCCGCGCGGGGGGCAGGGGAGCUUCUGAUCUGGCAGGGCCCUGUCCCGACCAGGGGUAGCGUUUCCCAGGGUGGCCUGACGCCGAAAGUGACGUCAGCAAGGCCUUCUGGGCAGCCCCUGAUGGGGCUCGGCUGGGCUGCAGGCGGGGAGGAGGUAUGCACAUGCAGCCAGGAGGGCGGCCUGCAGCGGUGGCAGCUCGACGGUGUGAAUUCCCUCCUCCCGGUCACUCUGGAGCUGGCGGCCGGCGACCGGCAGUUCGGAUUGUCGGUUCCCACCCCCGGACUCAUGCGUGGUUACACCGGCCUGGCUCUGUCUCCGAACGGGCUAGCAAUUGCCGGCGUGCGAACGCUUGCGCUCGGGGCGCUUGACACCAUGUAUCAAACCAAGGCCAUGCGGGGAGCCUUGCAGCUGUCGUUAUGUGGACGGGGUGGUAUCAAACCCGGGCUCGGGAAGCGGCCUCGGGGGAAGCUGAGCGCGACCGCGGAGGCGGCGAUCCAGGCGCUUGCGGCUGGCCGGGAAAAGCCCCUGGAGAAAAGAGACUGGCUCGACGAGUUUCUGACACCUGCUGACAGUACGGACCAGCCUGGGGAGUCCAGCAAAGCGAAGGGGAAAGAAGGCGAAGAAGACGAAGCGCUUGGGAGGGGGAAAGCGGUCGGGGAAGACUCCCAGGCGGAGGAUGAACGGAGGCGGAGCGCUGCGGAGAAGCUGACGAGCGAGGUGGUUCGGUCGGUGGAAAGGAUCCUGAGGUCGGGGGGGCCGGUGGUGCUGUGGGACGUUAUGGCUGCUUUGAAAGAGGUUGGCGUCGAUGCGCUGCGGCAAGUGCUAGCCGUUGUGAGAAAAGCAGCCCGGGGGAAAGAACCGGGGCGCGGAACGAGCUCGAGCGGAGGGCUGCAAAGUGCUCGGGAGGCGGGGACCGGUUUGAGGAAGGACGCGGGGAGUGCUCGGCAGAGGGAGACGGAGAAUGGAGCAGUUGAGACCCGGGAACCGGAACCGGAGCUUCAGAAAAAGGACCUGCGGCACGGUGAAAACCUAGCUGGUGCAGAGGAUGGACUGUCACAGAAUCAAGAAGGGGAAGCUGCCAUACGGUUGCAGGAUGAGAAUGCGGCGUCGGUUGUGGGGAACGGUGUCGAGGGGUUCAGUCUAGAAGCCGAAGGGACGGCGAGACGGGCCUUGCAGGUGUUAAACGUGCUCCUGCUGAAGCUGGGUGCUACCCUUGAUUCGAAGCACGGCGACGAAGACAGGGCCCUCCGACCGGAGCCUUCGGGCGGAGCCGGUACCGCAAACCAUGUUGAACCGAGCACUACCCGAGGCGACACUCAAAGCGUGGGUUUGCUUCAUCAGGAACUUAACCGCCAACUGGCAGCAAAUCACCCGGGAGGAAAUGCCUGGCAGGCAGAGCUACGGCAAACGGAAACGGAAUUGCGAAUGCGGCUUGCGGAGUCGCUGCUGGCGCGCUUGAAAGAGAGCUCGGGCCCUGUAACGGGGACGACGGUCACUUCGGCGUUCCUGUGGGCGGACUGGGCGCGGGCCAAGGGGGCACCAGCGGGGCCCCGGCUGCAGAAGCUGGCCGAUGACUUUUACAUCGUAUGCGGAAUUAGGCUCCCCUCUCUCGAAGAAGCCUCCGUUGCCCGGGAGGUCUGUCCCUUCUGCUCGUCCCCGGUCCUUCUCGACUCCCCCGACACCGCGCGCUGCUCCCAGGCUGGUGUACCGGGCACAAGCACCAGACCUGGUGUCAAGGGCCAUAAGUUUAAGCGCUGCAUGGUCACGAUGCUCAUCCAAUCCUCGCUUGCCAGCUGGCAGUGCUCUUGCUGCCGCAGGAUCCGCACGGACGCCCCGUUCGAUUCUGGGCGGCAGCCCUUGUGCGGCUUUUGCGGGGUGCUAAUGCACCGACCCCUGCCAGAGCCGUUCCUCCGGCCGGCCCUCUGCGGAUGAAUCUUUCCAAAGGAAAACCUCUUGCCUGUUGGUAAAGUUCAGGCGCUGGGCGUUGAGUUGUAGAUGCAGCAGCCUGCUAGGACAGUCCACAAGUUGUUAUCUUUUGCGGUUCAGUCAAAACGAACCCCGUACGAAAUUCCUGAACGACUCGAAGGUGUCCAUAGAAGGCAUUGAUGUCGCAUCCUUUGCAUCCCGC